UCUCUCUAUCCCUCUCCGGGCUGUUCCCUACUGUGAAGAUGGCUAAGUUCGUUAUUGCGGGUAGAGCAGAUUGUCCAUACUUUGCUAAGGCAGAACUUCUGGCAGAUUAUCUGCAGAAAAAUCUACCUGAUUUCCAGAUACACAAAGUUACUCAACACCCUGAUAUUUGGGAGCAAUGGCUACAAGAUAUAUGUCAGAAGAAUCAAUGGAGUCACAAACGCUCUCCUAUAAUUUGGAGAGAGUUGUUAGACCGUGGAGGAAAGGGUAUUCUUCUGGGAGGAUUUAAUGAGUUCCUGGAGCAUAUUGAGCUUUACUAUGGGAUUACUUCAAAGAUGAUGACUGAUGAGAUGCUGCUUAUUGCUGAUGAGAACCUGGAGACACAUAUAGAAAUUGAGCAGGAGGAGAAAGAUCUCAAAGAUAUGAUCAAUCCUCUACAGGUCUGGAUCGCCGGUGCAUCUUGUCCUACAUGCUACCACCUAAUUCCAAUUCUGGCAAAUGGAGAAGUGUUUGGGAUGGAGGAAGAAAUUAGCAUCAAUCUGUUAAGCAAUAUCUAUGAUGAAGACCAACUCAGGGGCCUUGUGAUGGAGAGUGAAGACCUGGCAUUGCCUCUUCUGCGGAAUAUCUCCUGGUGCACAGAAAUAAAUGAGGCAUUUCUUGAGGCUCAUGUUAUUAUCAUACUUAAUGAGGUUAUUGAAGAUGAGUCUGAGCCUCUAGAAGAUAGAAUCAGGGGUAGGUAUCCUAUAUGUAAAUUAUAUGGAUCCCUGAUUGAGAAAAAUGCUAAUGAAAAUGUGAAAGUUAUUGUGGCAGGAAAGACCUUCCUAAAUCUCACUACCAGCUUGAUCAUCCAACAUACACCCUCUUUGAACCCACGGAACAUCAUUGCUGUGGCCAUGGUUGUUGAAAAUGAAGCAAAAGCCAUGUUGGCCAGAAAAUUGAAAGCACCAGCUUCCGAUGUCAAAGAUGUGAUAAUUUGGGGUAAUAUUACUGGCUUUCGCUUUGUUGACCUGAAGAAAGCAAAAAUUUUCAGAUAUAACAGUGCUAUUUGGGGACCUCCAAACUUUUCACGUUUUCUGUUACAGCUGAUAUUUGAUAGUGAAUGGAUUCACAAAGAAUUUGAGGCCUCCCUUAAUGCCUGGAGUUUGAAAGAACAUUUCCGAAAGGCUAUUUCAUCUGCACACUGUAUAGCCACUAUGAUGACAUUCUGGUUCCAUGGUUCCCCUCCAGGAGAGUUUUUUUCUGUAGGAAUAAGAAGUGAAGGUGAAUUUGGCAUGCCUGAAGGAAUGGUAAUUUCCAUGCCAGCACAGUGCCAGAAUGGAAUAUGGUCCGUUCCUACGAAUUUAAUUGAGAGUGAACUAACUGAAGACAUUAAAAAUAGAAUAAUCCAUGAUCUCCAACAGGAACAACUCGUUGCAAGUGGAGAACAAUUAAUUUAUGAGCCAUUCGCUCCAGUUGAUGAUGAUGAUAAUGUUGUUGAUGAUGGUGCUGAUGAUGUUGAGAAUGAUGGUGAUGUUGAUGUUGAUGUUGAUGAUGUUGUUGAUGAAGUCGAUAAUAAUGAUGUUGUUGAUGAAGUUGUUGUGUAA